AUGUUCUUGGUGAUUUUGGACUCCAUCAUCCUUCCCUUUCAGCUGUCCUUCAAACAUGGAACUCCGGACGAUGCCUUCGAUGAGUUCUGGUUUUGGCUCACGACCAUCAUUUUCUUCACGGACGUCUUUCUCUCCUUCAACACGGCCGUGGCCAACCCAUCGGAGCCAGGGACAUGGAUCAUGAGCCGUUCGAAGAUUGCGUGGAUGUAUUUGCGCGGAUGGUUCUCCAUCGACUUCUUCAGCACCAUCCCCUACGGCCACCUCGCCGCCGCCUUCGGCAACGGCGAGUCCGCUGGAGCCGUCGGAUUGCUGAGAAUGCUCAAGUUCUUGCGCAUCAUGCGGUUAAUGAGGAUGCUGAGGAUGUCAAAGCUGCGAGCAGUCUGGGAGCGAGUUGAAGUACGAAUCGGCUCCAUUGCCAUCAUCCAGACCAUCAUGUUGAUGAAGGUGCUCCUUUUUGUGGUCGCCAUGUGCCAUUGGAGCGCUUGUCUCUUUUGGGUGAUUGGCUGCCAGGAAAGCCUUUUGACCGACUUGCUCCCACCCGAAAGUGCUGCGCAAUUCUCUCAGCUGCAGCACUGGACGACUCUGCCACGCCGCGAUUCGCCCUACGUAGGCGAUGCAUGGACCUUUGCCGAGAAACCCAUGGAAGAGCAGUACAUUUUCUGCUUCUACUGGACCUUGGGAGUCAUGAGGACCAUGCCAGCAGAGGUCACGCCAGUGAAUUUUCCCGAGCGGAUCUUCGUGCUGCUGUUCAUGUUCUUCGCACUCUCGGCCUUCGCCGUGUCGGUGGCCUCUUUGACCCAGGCUUACUUCAAGAUCUUUGAGCGGGGUCGCACCUUCAACGAUGAAUACUUUUAUGUGCGCAUGUACCUGAACCGCUUUGGAGCGCAAAAGCCCUUGGAGGCGCGGGUGAAGCAGUUCUUGGGCCACCUGUUCGAGCGACGGCGGAUCAUGGCCAAGGAGACCAACUUAAUGGACAAGCUGCCGGAGGUCUUGAAACACGAUGUGCAGAACAUGCUAGUGUGGCAUCACCUCCAGAAGUUGCAGCUCGUGAGCGAUCUCGGCAAGGGCGCCAUACAGGAGAUUUGUGCCGCGUCCACGAUUGCGGACCACAUGCCGGGGGUGCUUCUGUGCACCAGAGGUGAAGUCGCGGAGUCCACGUGGCUUCUGUGUUCCGGGCGGCUUCAAGUCUAUGACGUCCCUGGGCGAAGACGACCUGCGGGCGGCAAGCACCGAGUGACCGUCAUUGACUAUGAGACCCUAGCCACACCGGAGCCUUACCACUCCACACUCACUGUGUCCACCGCGACGGUCUGCGAGCUGCUACAGAUCAGUAAGGCCAUUUUCUUGAAAUUCGCUGGGCACAACCAGGCUGAAACUACAAGGCAAUGGCGGAAGAAGCAGGAGCAGUCCAACAAGGGUGUCAUCAAGGUGCAAUUCUCGGGCCUGGAGAACACGGAGGAGCAAAACACCAUUUGCGCCUCCGCGACGACGGCGGUGCUGAUGUCCGGGCACUGA